AUGAGAUUGAGCAUGAAAGCUGAGGAGGUUGCCACUUUUAUGGGUAUGUUGGAUCAUGAAUACACAACAAAGGAGGUUUUCCGGAAGAACUUCUUUAAUUGGCGAAAAGGUGACUGCCCGCCCCAUGGCCUGACUGGUUUCAUGUGUGUGCCGGGCUUUGUGCCCUGGGGUUUCUUGGUGGAAGAGAGGGAAGUCAUCAAGAGCCUGGACAAGUGUGACUUCACGGAGAUCCAUAGAUACUUUGUGGACAAGGCCGCAGCCCGGAAAGUCCUGACCAGGGAGGAGAAGCAGAAGCAAGGAAGAGGUGAAAAACUUCAGCAAGAGUUCGCCACUGCAUUUUGGGAUGGUCAAAUGAGAAAAGUAAUAGGUCUUAAGACUGAGCCGCCUGGCUUGUUCCGUGCAGGCGACCAUCCCAAGAUGGGGAUGUUGAAGAGGAGGGUCAGUGCCGUGAGAUGUAUCAUCAACUGCAGAAAAGACUCGAAGAUCCCCGAGCCGCCGGCGGGGCACCAGUGGAAGGAGGGUGCGCCCGAUAACACUGUCAUGUGGCUGGCAGCGUGGGACUCAGGAGUAUAUUAGAACUCCGUCAAGUACAUCAUGCUGAACCCUUGCUCAAGCUGAAGGGAGAGAAAGCUUGGGCAGAAGUUUGAAACAGCCUGACGCCUGGCGGGAUUUGUGGACGAGAUCCGCCUGUAUCGGCUGACUUGGAAGUCUCAGGAAACAAGACGAGACAGCUGGCGCUGGCGCCAGAGCGGAAAUGAGAAGGAGGACGGUGAGGCGGCCGACACCGUAGGCUGCCUCCAAGGUGGAGCACGCUCCCAGCUGCAUCCGGAGGCUGACGGCUGUUGCACGGUGGUGGAAUUUGACUUCCUGGGGAAGGACUCCAUCCAUUCCUUCUUCCUCCUUCAGGUGUACAAGAACUUACAGCUCUUUAUGAAGAACAAGGACCCCCAGGACGACCUGUUCGACAGGCUCACCACGACCAUCCUGAACAAAUACCUCCACGAGCUGAUGGACGGGCUGACGGCCAAGGUGUUCCGGACCUACAACGCCUCCGUCACUCUGCAGGAGCAGCUGCGGGCCCUGACACGUGCUGAGGACAGCAUAGCAGCCAAGAUCUUAUCCUACAACCGAGCCAACCGAGCCGUGGCCAUUCUCUGCAACCAUCAGCGAGCGACCUCCAGCACGUUCGAGAAGUCGAUACAGAAUCUCCAGACCAAGAUCCAGGCGAAGAAGGAGCAGGUGGCUGAGGCCAGGGCAGAGCUGAGGAAGGCCAGGGCCGAGCACAAAGCCCAAGGGGAUGGCAAGUCCAGGAGUGUCCUGGAGAAGAAGAGGCGGCUCCUGGAGAAGCUGCAGGAGCAGCUGGCGUGGCUGAGUGUGCAGGCCACAGACAAGGAGGAGAACAAGCAGGUGGCUCUCAGCACGUCCAAGCUCAACUACCUGGACCCCAGGAUCAGCAUUGCCUGGUGCAAGCGAUUCAGGGUGCCAGUGGAGAAGAUCUACAGCAAAACACAGCGGGAGAGGUUCGCCUGGGCUCUCGCCAUGGCAGGAGAAGACUUUGAAUUCUAAUGACGAGCUGUGUCUGUGUUGAAACUUCUUUUGUAGGCCUGAGGCCAGAGGAUCACUUGAGUGGAGGUUGAGGCUGCAGUGAGCUGUGAUUGUGCCCCUGCACUCCAGCCUGGGCAACAGAGCAAGACCCCAUCUCAAAGAGAAAGAAGAGUCCCUGACACCUGCCCUGUCCUUUGAAGCACUGCCUCCACCCCCCAGCACGGAGUCCGCUGGGCUGUCACAUCCAAUCAGCGUCCGAGCCUGGACCCCGGGUUCCUGCUCGACGGGGGAGGAGAAACACCUUCGUGUGCUCUGAGGCUGAGCACCUUCGGCAAGGAUACUACAUUUGUGCACACGCCACCCUCUCAGCAGGGGCCUGGACUCUUCACCAAGUUCUUCAGUGCCUGGAACUCAGGAAGGGCACAGUUACUGCCUGGUCACUAAGCCCAGUGGCCCCUGUUUAGUUUUCAUCACAUCCACACUCUCUGUAUGUAGCUCUUAUGAUGGCUUCCUGCCUCAGUUUCCUAACCCUGUAUCCUCCCAGAGCUGCCUGUCGGCUGCCCUCUCCUCUGCCACGCAGGACCCUCUGUGGUCCCCUCCUCUGCCAUGCUGGACCUUCUGCGGCCCCCUCCUCUGCCACGCAGCACCCUCUGCCACCCUCUGCCACGCGGGACCCUCUGCCGCUCUCUCCUCUGCCAGGCGGUGUAAGGACCAGCCCUACAGGGUCUGUGCGUUUUUCUCCCUGUGUGCGGAGAUGAGAGAUCGUAGAAAUAAAGACACAAGACAAAGACAAGACAAGACAGCUGGGCCCGGGGGACCACCACCACCAAGACGCAGAGGCCGGUAGUGGCCCCGAAUGCCUGGCUGCGCUGUGAUUUAUUGGAUACAAGGCAAAAGGGCAGUAUCAGGAGUGUGAGUCGUCUCCAGUGAUAGAUGCUUUAGGUACCAAUUUUCUCCUCUCUGCCUGCAUCAGACGGGCUUCCUUCUGCAACCGUGACCUCAGAAGGGCUCUCCUGGGGGAUGCAGGACCGCAGCAGCCCCGAGCAACCGAGCACAGCCAAGGAACAGGUCCCGGGGAGGCCAGGACUCGGGCCCUCGCACCUGCAGCCACAGGAGCACCGUGUCCCUGCGGUUCUGAGCCACCAGGUGUUUGGGUGGGCCAUUACCCAGCAAGUUCUAAUAGAGACACUGGGUACCAAAGUGGGGGCUGCUAUGGACUGAAUAUUUGCCCCCCACCUCCAGUUCACAUGUGAAAGUCCUAACCCCCAGUAAGACGGUGUUGGAGGUGGGGCCUUUGGGAGGGGAGCAGGUGAGAGAAGAUCCUGGGGGAUCGUCACGAUGAGAUGAGCACCCUCAUGGGAGGAGACACCGGAGCCUCCUCUCCAGGAGCAGGCAUGGGGACGGCUACGUGAGCAAGAGGCUGCUGUCCGUAAGCCAGGGGCGGUCCCUCCCCAGGAACUGGGUCUGUGGCACCUGGAGGCUGGACUCCCAGCCUGCAGAGCUGGGAGAAAUAAAUGUCUGCUAUGAAGCCAGUUGGUCUGUGGAAUUUUGACACAGCAGCCUCAUCUAAGACAGGUGCUGGCAGAACCAACACCUAAGACGCAGUGUGCUGACAGUCUGGGGCUGGAGGCCAGAAACACGGGAGGAGACUGUUAGCAGGGCCUGGGGGAAACCAUGAUUA